AUGGUAACUCGCUCCAAGGCUAGAUUUUAUAAACCAAAGGUUUAUAUCACUUCAAAGGAGCCUUUAACACUUGCUGAUGCUAUUGGCAAUUCUUCUUGGAAAUCUGCUAUGGAAGAGGAGACUCAAUCUUUGAAUAAAAAUGGUACUUGGUCCUUGCUACAGCUGCCCUCAAACAGAAAAUCCAUUGGGUGUAAGUGGGUAUUUAAGAUUAAAGAAAAUCCUGAUGGUACUAUUCUCAAAAACAAGGCUAGACUAGUUGCAAAUAGGUCCAGCCAACAAUUUGGGUUUGAUUUUACUGAGACUUUUAGUCCAAUAAUUAAGCCUACUACUAUUCAGGCCAUACUAACUAUAGCUCUUUCUUAUAACUGGUGA